AUGAAGGGGAAGAAGCGCGUCAUGAAGUUGACGUUGCAGCAGGAAAAGGAGGAGAUUGCCGAGCUGGACGACAGGAUUGAGGCCGGGAAGCCCGAGCCGGGGUCGAACCCGCUCGCUCUGGCCCGCCCCCAGCCCCCCUGCUACGCCGGAGUACGCACGUUCGAGGACCUCCCGCUUUCGCGCUUCACGCGCGCGGGGCUCAAGGAGUCCAAGUACACCAACCUCACGGCGAUCCAGCGCGCCGCUCUCCCGCACGCCCUGUGCGGCAGGGACGUCCUCGGGGCCGCCAAAACCGGCUCGGGGAAAACCCUCGCCUUCACCAUCCCUCUCCUCGAGCGCCUCUACCGGUCCCGCUGGGCCAUGCAGGACGGCCUCGGCGGGCUCAUCAUCUGCCCCACGCGCGAGCUCGCGCUGCAGAUCUUCGAGGAGCUGCGAAAGGUCGGCCGGCACCACACCUUCUCCGCGGGCCUCCUGAUCGGCGGGAAGGACGUCGGCGAGGAGGCGUCGCGCGUGCAGCGCCUCAACAUCCUAGUGGCGACGCCGGGGCGGCUGCUCCAGCACAUGGACGAGACGGCGGGGUUCGACUGCUCGAACCUGCGCGUGCUCGUGCUGGACGAGGCGGACCGGAUCCUGGACAUGGGGUUCCGCGAGGCUCUGGACGCGAUCGUCGACAACUUGCCGCGGCAGCGACAGACGAUGCUGUUCUCGGCGACACAGACGCGGUCCGUGAAGGAUCUCGCGCGGCUGUCGCUGCGCGACCCGGAGCGGCUGUCGGUGCACGCGGAGAGCGCGGUGGCGACGCCGGCGAAGCUCAGGCAGGUGUGGGUGGAGGUGCCUGCGGAGGGGAAGCUCAACAUGCUGUGGUCGUUCCUCAAGACGCACACGCGGCAGAAGACGAUCGUUUUCCUGUCGACGUGCAAGCAGGUCCGCUUCGUGUUCGAAGCGUUCCGGCGUCUGCGCCCCGGGAUCCCGCUGCGCUGUCUGCACGGCAAAAUGCACCAGAUGCGCCGCAUGGCUGCGUACUACGAGUUCUGCGAGGCCAAGGGCAUGGCGCUCUUCGCAACGGACAUCGCGGCGCGCGGCCUGGACUUCCCUGCCGUCGACUGGGUCGUGCAGGCGGACUGCCCUGACGACGUCGCGACCUACAUCCACCGCGCGGGCCGCACUGCGCGGUACACGUCCGGCGGCAAGGCGAUGCUGAUGCUCACGCCGCACGAGCGCCCGGAGAUGGUCAAGGCGCUCGCCGAAGCCAAGAUCCCUAUCAAACAGAUUCGGCCGAACCCAGACAAACAACAACAAGUGUCUCCGGCGCUCCAGGCCCUGCUGUCGAAGGUCCCCGAGGUCAAGGAGAUGGCGCAGCGUGCGAUCGUGUCGUAUCUGCGCUGCCUGAACCUCCAGAGCAACAAAGCGCUGUUUGAUGUCCACAAGGUGCCGGUGGCGGACCUCGCGCUGUCCAUGGGCCUCGCGUCGGUGCCCAAGCUGCGCUUUCUGAAGACCUCGCAGUCGCGCACGACAGCCGGCGACAUGAUGGACGAGGCGGACCGCGCAGCGAACACCAAUCGCCAAAACACGGACAGCGGCAAAGACACCAACGGCGAUGGCGGCGGCAGCGAUGAGAGCAGCGACGAAGGCGGCAGCGGGGACGAAGGCGCAGCAGGCCGCGCGGAGAGCGGGAGCGAGGAGAGCGACGACGGCGCGGCGCGGCGCGUGGCGCGCAGCGACGGCGACGGCGCUGCCUUGCGCGCGGCGCUGGACGGGGCGGCGGGGAGCGGCGAGGAGGCCGGCGGCGCGGAGGGCGAGCCCGACGACUUUCUGGUCGUGCGGCGGAAGGACGUGUUCGGCGCGCGCACGGGGCAGCGCGAUGACGAGGCUAUCAAGGCGGCGGAGGCGGCAGCCGAAGCGGCGGCGCGGGCGGCGGCGGAGCGGCGCGCGAGCCGCAAGAAGAAGAAGAAGAAGCUCAAGAUCCGCGCGGACGACCUCGGGCCGUCGUCGAAGCGCGUCGUAUUCGACGACGAAGGCAACGAGAUCAGCGCGUUCGAUCUGUUGCCGGACGCGGCUGCCGAGGGCAAGGUGAAGGUCGGCGACGGCGGGCUGCGCGUCGCGGGGGCGGCGACCGCGGAGGAGCGGUUCGAGCGCGUGCGCGAGGAGCUGCGGGCCCGCGACAAGGCAGACCGCGAGGCGGCGCGACAGCUUCGGCAAGAGAAGCGGCGGCUGCAGCGGCAGAAGCGGAGGGAAGCGGAGGGCGUCGGGGCGCCGGUCGCGAUGCUGGGGGGCGCUUCGGGGUCGGACGAGAGCGGGGCGGGGUCGGAGGGGGAUGUGGAGGGGGGGAGUGACAGCGGGGUCGAGGCAGAGGUGGUUGUGGGCGCGAAGAGGGGGGGGGCUGAGCGGGACCGGGGCGGGAAGCGGCGGAAGGUUGAGGGGAUGUCGCUGGAGGAGCAGGAGAGGCUCGCUCUGGCCAUGCUCGGGUAG